AUGCAUGCUAAUAGAACGCUUAUACUAUUAUCCAUCAUAGCCUACGGCUGUGCUGAAAAAUUAGAUCGGAGUUAUUUACCGCCGGUUGAUGCAGCAAGUUCUGGUGGAAGCCCAGGAUCUUUGACAACCCCACUCGGCUUAGCAACUGGAGCAUCUGGAAGUCCCGGCUCGAAGACGUCAACAUUUGGACAGAACGCCGCUACCUUUGGCCAACCAUCAGUAACCGCACCAAGUCAAGGUUCGGGAGCUGGCUAUGGGCAAACAGCACAAAACGCCUUCAAACAAACCUCUUCGUUCGGCCAAUCCGGAAUUCAGUCCAGUACGUUCACCGUUCAACCGUAUCAAUCUCAACGGGCCCAAAGUGACGCCGAAAGAAAUGCGGAGAUUCUGAGAUACGAAAAUAAAAAUGACGGUGAUUCAUAUUCCUACAGUUUUGAAACCUCAAACGGUAUAUCGGCUGAGGAGACUGGCGUUGCCACGAACGGAGUAAAGGCUCAAGGCGGAUUCUCAUAUACAUCGGACGACGGCGAAAAGAUUAGUGUGACAUAUACUGCCGACGAAAACGGCUUCCAGCCCCAAGGC